AUGCGAAUACAAACUGAGCCAUAUCGCUAUCUGCUCGAUUCCCACUGGUCUUGGAUACAGCCUCUCUUCAAUUUCGUAUACCGUCCUGCUUUUACUCGCGACAUGAAGACAGGAGGUCAAUACUAUUCAGCAGCUUUGUUCAACGCAAUCCUCUCACACUCUGUUCGAUGGUGCAAGACCGAGCCAGGGAUGGAACAACUACUCGCCCCUUUUAACGAAGGAUCUAGCUUCUUCCAGACUGCAGUCACGAAUGUGUUCGAAAACCUCAGGACUGGACGAAGUAAGAUACCAUCAGUACAGAGUCUGCUGCUACUCAGUGCUCAAGAGUGUGGCCGUGGAAACAGGACACAAGCUUGGUUGUACAGCGGUAUGGCUUUCCGGCUCAUCGAUGAUAUGGGCAUGUGUAUUGAUGGUCAACGCUACACCGACAGUGCAAAACUUUCGGCCGAAGACAUCGAGAUUCGGAAUAGGUUAUUCUGGAGCUGCUUCUUCUGGGACAAACUCAUUGCUCUCUACUUUGGACGAGCACCCGUACUACAGAACUCUCACAUCAGCCCGCCACGAGUAAUUAUGGACGACACGGCAGAGACUGAAUUAUGGAUGCCACAUGGGCUUUCGUCACCCGAUUAUCCUCCCAGACAAGCACAUUCGAUCUCAUGCUUUAUACAAAUGUGUGGACUUGCCGAAAUACUCAAUCAAGUUCUCAUCCAAUUCUACGGUCCGACUUGCGACUUGUCUUCGUCCAAAGCUCUCGCAUGUGCUCUCGAACAAAGCUCAAAGAUGAGGGUCUGGUGGAGAGACCUACCCGAGCAUUUGAAGAUCAACGUCGGAGCCCUGCCGCGACAGGCACCUCCGUCUCACAUCGUGACUUUGAAUUGCCUGUACCAUACGAUAAACAUACUGCUUCAUCGCACGUUGCUGAGACUCAGCAGCUCAAAUCGUGCCCCAUCAGACAUCAACAUCGACCAGAAUCCUUUGAUUCAAUGCAUCUCUUCUGCAGCCUCGAUAAUAGCUCUGUUCGACCUCUUCGUUCGCACCUUUGGAGAUGGACAUGUCGUCUUGAGCUUGGCAUACAGUCUCUACACCGCGACAUCUAUCUUGUUGCUCGAGCUGCAGGCAAAUCCGAGAAACCCACAGAGGUACACAAUGGAAAGGCUGAGUUAUUGCUUGUCGGCAUUGGAGAGGGUCAAGAAGACGAAUCCAGUCAUCGCAACGGCUUCAGAGCUGAUACACAAGGAACUCGAAGCUUUAGGAUUAGAUAUACACGCCUACACUACUUUGCCCAAUGCAACAGGCGACCGAACAGGACAGUCGCUUCACCAGCCCACAUUCGUACCUCUAUCUACUGGUAGCCAGUCAUCCGCUCAAAAAACUUCUUCUGUACCGGACCAUCGCAAUUUCGUCUUCAUGGACGCUUGCUACCUGGAUAAUGAUGAUCUGACUGGAGGCAUGGAUUACGACAUAUUGGACAUGAGUCCAAGUGCUUUCGAAGCAUUUACCCAAAUCGAGCCAUUGAGUACGACGAUGAACCCUGGAUUUGACUUCUUCUAA